GGAGCCCCCUCCUGCGCGGGGCUGCCCGGGGAGGCGGCGGAGCCGCGCCGCCCCUGCCGCAUUGGUUUGCGGCGGAGCCCAUCACCGCCGCGGCGCCGAGAUUGGCCCCCGCAGCCGGCGCCGGGCACCCCCCCAGGCCUGCCUCCACCCCGCCCGCCGUGCGCCGCGGCCCGGGCACGGGCACUGCGCUCCGCUCCGCGCCCGCUCCGCGCCGCUCGGCCCGCAGCGGGGGCAGGGCCGGGCCGAGCCGGGCGGCGUGGGGGGGAGCGGCCGCCGCGCCGCACCGCACCGCACCGGCAGCGGGGAUGUGAGCGGAGGCUCCGCCGGCAGCACCCGCCGCUUCGCGCCCGCUCCGCGCUCCGCCGCGCCCCGCCGCCCGGCUCGGGAAGAUGCUGAGCAGGUGGAUGAGUGGCAGCAGCAGGAACCUGGACCGCGAGUACAACUGCACCGUGCGGCUGCUGGACGACAGCGAGUACACCUGCACCAUCCAGAGAGAUGCCAAGGGCCAGUACCUGUUCGACCUUCUCUGCCACCACCUGAACCUGCUGGAGAAAGACUACUUCGGCAUUCGGUUUGUGGACCCCGACAAGCAAAGGCAUUGGCUGGAAUUUACCAAGUCAGUUGUGAAGCAGAUGAGGGGAGGACGAAGGAGACAAACGCUGCCGUUUGGUGACUGCGGUAUUGCUGUUCUUGCUGCAGCCCAGCCUCCUUUCACCAUGUGCUUCCGUGUCAAGUUUUAUCCCACGGACCCUGCUGCUCUGAAGGAGGAGAUCACCAGGUAUUUAGUCUUCCUGCAGAUCAAAAGGGAUCUCUACCACGGCCGUCUCCUCUGCAAGACUUCCGAUGCUGCUUUGUUGGCCGCCUAUAUCCUUCAAGCCGAAAUUGGGGACUAUGACCCAGGGAAGCACCCAGAAGGCUACAGCUCCAAAUUCCAGUUCUUUCCCAAACACUCGGAGAAGCUGGAGAGGAAGAUUGCAGAGAUCCACAAGUCGGAGCUGAGUGGGCAGACACCAGCUACUUCAGAGCUGAAUUUUCUCAGGAAAGCCCAGACUCUGGAGACCUAUGGGGUUGACCCACACCCUUGCAAGGAUGUGUCGGGGAACGCGGCGUUUUUGGCCUUCACUCCUUUUGGUUUUGUUGUUCUGCAGGGAAACAAGAGAGUUCAUUUCAUCAAAUGGAACGAGGUGACCAAAAUGAAAUUCGAAGGGAAGACUUUCUAUUUAUACGUAAGUCAGAAAGAGGAAAAGAAAAUUGUUCUCACAUAUUUUGCCCCAACACCAGAAGCCUGCAAACACCUCUGGAAGUGUGGGAUAGAAAACCAGGCUUUCUACAAGUUGGAGAAGUCGAGUCAGGUCCGGACGGUGUCCAGCAGCAACUUGUUCUUCAAGGGAAGCCGGUUCCGAUACAGUGGCCGUGUUGCGAAGGAGGUGAUGGAGUCCAGCGCCAAGAUCAAGAGGGAGCCGCCCGAGAUUCACCGGGCAGGGCUAGUGCCAAGCCGGAGCUGCCCCUCCAUCACCCACGGCCCCCGCCUGAGCAGCGUGCCUCGCACCCGGAGGAGAGCCGUGCACAUCUCCAUCAUGGAAGGCCUGGAGUCUCUGCGCGACAGUGCCCACUCGACCCCGGUGCGCUCGGCCUCCCACGGCGAUGCCUUCACAGCCGCUGGCCGGAGCGGCCGCACAGAGAGCAGCGAGCGGGUGGCCGUCAUCGCCGAUGAGAACUACAGCCCGGCGGACAGCGUGCUGCCCACGCCAGUGGCCGAGCACAGCCUGGAGCUGAUGCUGCUCUCGCGGCAGGCGAACGGGGCCCCGUGCAGCAUCGAGGAGGAGAAGGAGUCGGAGGCCGGCACGCCAGCGGCGGCCGAGGCGGAGGAGCUGGGCAGCGAGCUGCGGGCCCUGUGCCCGGGUGCCGGCGGCCUGGGGGCGGCACAGGCGGAACAGGUGAAUAAGUUUGUUUUAAGUGUCCUGCGUUUGCUCCUUGUGACAGUUGGACUCCUCUUUGUUUUGCUCCUCCUCCUGAUCAUCCUUACCGAGUCCGACCUUGACACUGCCUUUUUCCGCGAUAUCCGCCAGACCCCCGAGUUCGAGCAGUUCCAUUACCAAUACUUUUGUCCCCUCAGGCGAUGGUUUGCCUGCAAAGUCCGCGCCGUGGUAAGCCUGCUCAUUGACACCUGAAGGCAGGAGUCGCCACGUAACUAGCUGGGGGCCUGGGGAGAGACCAGCCGCCGUCCCCCGUGCGCGGGACCCGCCGGGGCGCCUUCGGCACACACUAACCCUCCCUUCCCGACCCACAGCACGGUGCGGCCAAGGAGGCGGCUUUCCGGGAGGAAGACGGGGUGGACGCAGCCCCCGGGGCCGCCUCCUCCCCGUGCUCAGCCGUACUGCUCCCACCCCUGGAGCCCGCACAACACUUUACCGUUUCGAUUCUCACAGACGCGCGUAUGACUUCGGAAGCACCGAGCAGAGAGGAAUUUAUUUCUGUGUUGCCACCCACCGUGGUACGAGCAUCAGCCGGGAGGCUCGCGAUGCUCUAUUAUGCAGGAGCUUUAGCAAUGGUGCUACUGAGUAUUAAUUUAAACACUCGUGUACUGUUACAUUAUUAAAUCCACCACUGUGCACACCACCACCGCCACCACCUUCCAAGUACCGCUUUGCAGCAAUCCCUCCUUGCUAACCGGAGUCUCCUACACAGCGACGCGCAGUGUGACGCUAUCGGGGGACACCCCGGUUCCCCCCACUUCCAGGCGUGCGUGCAAGCUGGCUCCCCACGUCGCCCGGCGCACGGGAGCCCUCGUCCUGCACUGCACUCAGCCUUCCAUCGCUUUUCCUAAGCCUUGAAGCAUCAGCGCUCCGGAGGGCAGGGAGAGCAUGGGCAGGCGAGCACACACCAGGCGCUCCUGGCCCAGCCUGGGCCUGCAGCCGGUAGUGACCGUGUUGGAUUUAUUAGGAAGACCUUUAGCCUCCGAAAUUGUACCUGUUUUGUACAAAAAAAGGAAAAAAAAAAAAGACAAAAAAAGAAAAAAAAAAAGACUGUUUCAAGGUCUAUUUUAACAACAAAAUGCUAUUUUGUUAUUGAAUCUAAUCAAGUCUUUUUUUACUUUACGGAUUGGGUGACCGUGGUGCGCUGUACCAAGCGGUUCACGCUGAGCAAAUGGUGUAAGAGUAAACGCUUUUGUAGCUCGGAAGCCUAACACCAGAUUAACCCGUCACUAGUUUUGGAAUAGAGAAAGGAGCUAUAAUUUUGUGACUUUUCUGAAGAUAAAAAGGCCAGAACCGCAGGAGUGGAGGUGACACUGAACAAGCCAAUGGACAACCAUUACACCUGUCUGUUCUUAAGCAAAAAUCAAUAAAACCAACUCAUCGUACUUGUGACGUAACCACCAGGACCUUCAGUUACCUGGGAAGCAGCAGACUAUUUACACAGGGAGCAAUAAAAGCCAGUUCUGUUUCGGUUGAGAAGUUGGACAUACUUAACAAAAAAAAGGUGAAAAACAGGUGAGCAAGUUUUAUUUCAUCUCAGGGAGAGAUUUUACGUAAGCUGGGGCCAUAACUGCAGUUUUAAAAAGCCUGAUUUCCGCGUUCUUGUCUCUGAGCAUCCCACCAUCCAUCACCACACGUGCGGGUCCGGCCCCGGCUCGGCCGGUGCCUGGCAAAGGAGCACGAGGAUGAUGUUGGUUGAUCCAACAGCACAAGUCGGCCAGACUUGGAUCGUUUGUCACGGCAAUAACGAGAGGUCCUGUUGAACUACUGUCUGGGGGAGGGGGGAACAAAGACCUGAGCCGUCAGGUCUCACCACCGAGGAUGCAGCCGCGGCUGCCCGCUUACAGCACAAGGGCCGAGGAGGGUUUUUACGUACAGCCCCUAAUCCUGAGCAGGCCCGAGCCCUCACGAGCGCUGCCAGGAGAAGGAUUGAUUUUUACACGAUAAUCCUGUUUUAUGCAACAUAGCAAAAUUAACUCUUAGUGUAGUGUUCCUACCUCAGUCCGUAGUUAUGGUGUUUCUAUGCAGUGCGUGGUAGUCCCGAACCUGACGUUUUUCGCCCCGGGUUAAAGAUGCAGCAUUCCCUCCUCCUCCUCACUGCUGAUGUCCUGCGUGGUGUAACAGCACAGCCCAUCCGCCCGCGAGGCGCCCGGCCCCGCGUGCCCUGUACAUGAGACAUUUUCCCUCCAAAGCGCAGCCUCUACGCCCUGACCCUGGCACCCCCUACAUGGGCUCCCUCUAGAGCAGCAGCAGACCCGGCCCUAGUUUUACCUCUGCAGUUUCCACCCAGCGUUUUACUGCAAAACCAUGAGAACUGGUGAUUUUUUUCAUCGUAUGUUUUUCCUGUAUGUUCCAUAUUAUGUCUUGUGUUUCACUACCUGUUAGUUUUACCUGUCUUUAUAUUAAAACGUUGUUUCCAUAGAUUCUUAUAUCAGAAAAAAAAAUAAA